AUGAAGCCCAGUGCCGAGACUAAGUUACAGCUUGCAAGAGCAAUGGAUGUGAAAGAGGAGUUCGGGCAUGACGAAUACGCCUCAGGGCCGGUCAUCUUGACCGCAACCAACGGCGAGGUCCAGCGGAUCCCCCAUCCCAGUGACAGCCCGAAUGAUCCUCUCAACUGGCCCGUCUGGCGCAAACGGGGUCUCAUCUUUGUUUGUUGCUGGUUUUCUCUGUUUUCCCUGGUGCUUGUUGGUGGCACUGGACCCUUUCUCGAGACACUCAUCGUUCAAUAUGCGGCAACAAAAUCCGUGGCGGAAGUGGUGGGCUUGAGCACAUACCCCAGCCUGGUUAUGGCGCUCGGAAACCUGCUGAUUCUUCCGGCGGCUCUGGCACUCGGUCGUCGACCCGUGUUCUUGUUCUGCACUGUGCUGCUUCUGGGGUCAACCAUAGGCGCAGCAGUGAGUUCGACCUUCGAGGCUCAUCUUGCUUGUCGCAUCCUAGAGGGUAUCGCAACGGGAGCCACCGAAUCGCUCUUGCCUCUAAUGAUUACUGAAAUCACAUUCUUGCAUGAACGAGAAUUUUGGUUUGGCAUCUACUGGGGCUCCCAGAGUACCUUUAAUGCGGUGUUCUUAAUUUCGAAUUCUUAUCUCGUUGCGGCAACUUCAUGGAGGUGGUUUUAUGGCUUGUUUGGAAUCAUGGCAGGGAUCGGCCUGAUUUUUGCCUUUUUCGCAGCCCCCGAGACUCGCUUCCACAGAGGUAUCGUGACUGUCGGUGGCCGAAGAGUCUAUACGGAUCAUUUUGGUGUCACCCAUGUCGUUGAAGCCACGGAGCAUGGUGACGAAGUCCCUGAUGUGCUUGCAGAAGAAAGGGGGGUACAAGACCAACCGGAUUCUUAUGCUCAGCGACUGAAGCCUUGGCAUGGCCUUACUCCCGAUGCCGGAAAGGUUUUCUUGGAUACUUAUGUGCAAAUCGCAAAGGCCCUGCUCUCCCCCGGUGUCGUGUUUGCAAUUUUGCUUUCGUCUAUUGUCCUCGGAAUUGGCAUUGCACUCUCGUUAACCUACAGCACUGUUCUGAUCCAAGAAUUCCAUUGGUCGCCAGGCUCUAUUGGAUUAAUGAAUAUUGGUGUCAUCCCGGCUGCCAUCGCCGCAAUCUUAUACGCUGGAUGGGGGGGCGAAAAGUUUGCUAUUUGGAUGGCUAAGCGAAAGGACGGGGUGCAUUUUGCCGAGCAACAACUUGUGCCUCUCAUCGUGCCAACCAUUGUCGGAGUGGCUGGACUUAUUCUUUAUGGGUUUACUGCCGAGUCACCACAGUCCAGUUCCUCAUGGGGUAUCAUUAUGGGAUGGACUCUGUAUAAUUUUGCCUUUAUUUCAACGAUCAUUGUCACCACUUCUUAUGCCUCCGAAGUAAUGCCAUCCAAUCCAGGUGCUGCAUUAAUUCUAGUAGUCGGAGCGAAGAACGUGGUCUCUUUCGGAGCUGCCUACGGCCUGACUCCGAUGGUGACUCGCUUUGGUUACAGAGACGCCUAUUUGAUUCUUAUGGGGAUUUAUCUUGCAAUCGCAGUCCUGGGAGUCCCGGUGUACCUGUGGAAAGCGCGGAAGUCCGCACAGUGGUCAAGGUCAAAUUGA